AUGGUAGUUCAAAGGGAAAUUAUGCUGAGAGAUACAACCAUGAGAGAAUUAGAGAUUCACCAAAUGGAAAUUCAUACAGGUCAGAUAGCCCAGAUUCUGACAGCCCGAGAGAGCGAAGCUAUCAAAAUAAGAUCUAUAGAAAUCAGAGAUUUGGAAUAUAGAACAAAUCAUGACCGAAUUAGUGGAGAGGAAAAGGAGAGAAUAUCCAGAGUUGGUGAUUGGUCUGAACAUGUGAGUUCCUCAGGCAAAAAGUAUUAUUAUAAUUGCAAAACUGAAGUUUCCCAGUGGGAGAAGCCCAAAGAAUGGACUGAAAGGGAACGUGGGAGGUAUAAGGAAAAGGAUAGAGAUGUUGAGAGGAAUUAUACUAGCAGUUCUAGGCUUGGACAUGAAAAACAUUCCAAUGCUCGUGCCUCCAACAGCAGCGUCCGAGAAUCAUCUUCAAAAUCAAAUCGUCAAGUAGAAAAAAGGGAAGAGUUUUGGAAUAACAUUUCCGGAAACAGAGAAACAGGGAAGGAAUCUGAUAGGGUAGAAACUCACGAGAGAAGAAAAGUCACGGAUGGUGAAAUAACGUCUCAGGACAUGGAUAUUUCUCCCGGAGAUAGCACCCCUACGUCCGAGACGAAUUAUAGUCACUCUUCUUCGAGAGCAGAGGGAACCCCCGCGGUGACUAAUGUACUUUUAGCAAAUGCUUUACCGCGAUUAGCGUCACAUCCCAUCGCGACCACGGCUCCUUCGAACUAUUCACCGACUUCUUCCUCACUACCGAUUUCAUCCAAUGCACCGCCCACGGCAGUAACAACUUCUAACGUACCGGGACCGCCUAUUGGAAAUUUAAGAGUCAUCACACAAACAAAAAUAACCGAGCAAAGAGAUGCUUUGUCUCCUCAAAAACAAUCAACUAUUCAGACUCCCGUCAUUCAGUCGAAUGUGCCCUUGCAGGUGGACACGACAAUGGCUGGAUUCGUCGGAGGAGAAGGUCCUCCAACACCCACACAUUCAGAAACUCAGGACGGUGUUGAUCCUAGAAAAAUGACAAGCCCUCCGAAUAGUAUAAGCUCACUUCAAAAUUUAUCUCAAGCCACAAACGUGACUAGCUCGCUACAAGCUCUUCGACAACAAGGACCUAAUUUAACUCCAAGCUUAGCCAAUUAUUAUCGUGAUGAUUUGGUCAACCACGUGAGAGGUUGGCCGGCGGACAUAUUGGAAAAGCAAUCGCAAAAGCUGUCGGAAGAAGCGCACGCGAUGACGAGUCUCCAAUGCACUCGAGUAUCUGCCGAAUUAAAAACCGCCAGGUCCAUCGUAAGACUAACGGAAAUCCAAGCUACGUUGCAAGAGCAAAGAAUACUGUUUUUGCGCCAGCAAAUAAAAACUCUCGAAGAGUUAAACACGCAGCAUUCCUUCAUGGGACACGAUUCAUAA